AUAUCAGUGAAGCAAAUACUCAAUCUUUCCGAUCACAUCCAAUCCAUUCACAAUGUCGCUCAUCCCAAGUUCCCGACGAAGCAGCAUCUUCGACCUCGAUCCCUGGGACCCAUUCAGGGACAUCCAAUUCCCUUCCUCAUUGCUCUCUACAUUCCCUAGCGAAAACUCGGCUUUUGUAAACACCAGGAUCGACUGGAAGGAGACCCCAGAAGCCCAUGUGUUCAAGGCCGACAUUCCGGGGCUGAAGAAAGAAGAGGUGAAGGUUGAGAUUGAAAAUGACAGGGUGCUGCAGAUCAGCGGAGAGAGGAAGAUAGAGAAGGAGGACAAGAACGACAAGUGGCACCGGGUCGAGAGAAGCAGCGGCAAGUUCUCCAGGAGGUUCAGGCUUCCUGAGAAUGCCAAGGUUGAUGAGAUUAAGGCUGCAAUGGAGAAUGGGGUUCUGAGUGUCACUAUUCCUAAGGUGGAGGUGAAGAAUCCUGAUGUCAAAGCCGUUGAAAUUUCUGGGUAAGCCAGAAAUUUAACAUCAUCUUUCUGGGUUUUUCUCUUUCGUCCUAUCGAAAUUUGAUUACGAAUGUGUAACUGUGUCAAGGUGUCAUGUAAUAUCAUGGAUUCGCAACUUGUAAUAAUCUGAUAGAAGUCCAAGGUUGUAUGCGUUUUGCUUUAUAUAUGAAUGUGCUAUGUUUUUCUCUUACGCA